AAUAAUUUCUCAAAUAUUCUAUUUUCAAAUAGCUAUAUCGAAGUUAAUGUAAUGAAAAUAUUGUUGAUUUAAAUAAAGAAAACAUUAGACAGUUCAGCUCGCGUGGUUAGAGACACUGCUUGUCAACGAUCGAAGAAAAACAAAUGAUUGACGGAUUAUCACAGAGAAGACAAAGCGGGCUGUGAGUAAAUGAAUACAGUGCGGUCGUAUUAAUUACCAAACUAAACGGAACUUUAGUGCGUCUAUUAUGAUUAAUGAAAAAGAAGCAAUUAAAGAAAAUUUGUCGCCCCAUAAAAUCGGAGAGAAGUUGAAGAACGUAAUAGACAACAGAUCUUGCACAAAGCCAGUCACUAGGUAUUUAAUGUGAGAUAGUGCAUGCUACCGGGGACGGAUGGGUAUUCAGGAGAACGUGGAGGACAUGACCAAUAACUCUCAGCUAUGGUUCCGCGGUGUGCGGAGCUCGAAGUUCCGCCACGUCUACGGCGAACCCGCCAAGAGAGAGAAAUGCUACGACAACAUCCCCAUAACGAAGAACGCGCACGACUCCCAGUUCUGCGCGGUCAACCCCAAGUUCCUGGCCAUCGUCACCGAGGUGGCCGGGGGUGGUGCCUUCAUCGUGAUUCCCGUAAAUUGUACCGGAAGGUUGGACUUCAACGCCAGUAAGGUGACGGGGCAUUCCGGUCCGAUUUUAGACAUCAAGUGGAACCCCUUCAACGACAACAUUAUAGCGUCUUGCUCCGAUGACUGCACAAUUAAAUUAUGGCACAUUCCCGACGAAGGCCUGUCCGUCCAUCUCACGGAUUGGCUGGUGGAGCUCCAGGGCCACAAGAGACGCGUGGCGUACAUAGAGUGGCAUCCGACGGCCGAGAACAUCUUGUUCAGCGCCGGAUUCGACCACCUGGUCAUCGUUUGGGACAUCGAAAAAGGGGAAGCGGUAAACGUCAUAGAUUGCCAUAAAGACGCCAUCCAUUCCAUGUCGCUCAACAGAGAUGGCAGUCUGAUCGCGACAACUUGCAAAGACAAGAAGUUGCGAGUCAUCGAACCGCGAAGCGGUAUAAUAAAAUCGGAAGGCAUGUGCCAUGCUGGGUCCAAAGCCAGCAAGGCGGUUUUCCUAGGAUCUACCGGCCGCAUAUUGACCACAGGCUUCUCCCGACAUUCCGACCGACAAUACGCGAUCUGGGACAAAAACGAUCUCUCCCAGCCCCUCUUCAUCAACACCAUCGACAGUUCAUCGGGCAUCGUCUUCCCGUUCUACGACCCCGACACCAACAUCGUCUUCUUGGCUGGGAAAGGCGACGGGAACAUCAGGUAUUACGAGAUAACGGACGAAACGCCCUACAUCCAUUUCCUCAACGAGUUCCUCUCGGGAAACCCACAGAGGGGACUGGGUUUCAUGCCAAAACGUGCUUUAAACACCGCCCACUGCGAGGUGUUCCGUUUCUACAAGCUCCACGCGACCAAGGGGCUGUGCGAGCCCAUAAGCAUGAUCGUACCCCGUCGGUCCGACCAAUUCCACGAAGACUUGUAUCCCGACACUGCCUCUGCGAGACCAGCCCUUUCCGCUCAGGAAUGGAUCAAGGGGGUCAACGCCAUGCCUUUACUUAUGUCUCUUAAAAUGGACGAGAAUACCGCUCUUAACAUAACGUCCAUCAAGCAACGCCAUUUGAAGGUACAAGAACCUGCCUCCGUGGACAAUAACAAGAGGAAGUUCGCGUUUUUGUCCUCCGAAACGAUUCCGGACUACAGGCCCAAGGAUAUGAUCACAGAAAAGAGUCAGAAAACCACGAACAAUCAAACGACGAAGUUCCAACAGCUGCAACAGAGGUUCAGUCACGGGGUUAACAAUAAGGAUAUUCCUUUGAUCAAGGAAAUCAACAGCAUCGGGGACAACAUUUUGACGGAAAAUGAUUUGCGGCGAGCGUAUCACUCGCAAUCAGAAGAGAUCAGAAAAUUAAAGAAGCAGCUGCACAACAGUGAGCAGCGCGUCAGAGAGCUAGAAGAGCAAGUUAGAAACCUACAAGGGAGGAUAGUUAGCGAUAAGGUAUAACUUUUCCCCCUUUUUUUUUUCUUAGAUUUUUACUUGUAUAUUAAUUUUUAUAUAUAUUAUUAUAUAUAUUUUACGAUUUUAUUUAUUAA